CCCUAUUUUGUAGUGACGUCACCAGGGCCGCUUCGCUAAAGGCUUCUGCAUUUUGAGCGCUUCAGUAUGUAAGGAUUGUCAAACGUUUAACCAAUAGUCACCUUUUGUUUUCUAAAUAUUCUGAAUAUAAUGUUGUAGAGUAUUGUCGUAGUAUUCGCGUAAUGUGGAGUGAUGAUUUAUAAUAAUUUUUGUGAGUAGAGCGCACAUUGGGAGCACUGGAAAAGAAAAAAAUACGGGACAACUGGAACAACGUGAAUAUGGACAUUAUUAAAGAGGAGAGUGAAGACUCGAGUUAUCCAAAACCAAGCAGCAUACAGAGUGAAUACACCGAGGAAAAAACAGGCUUGAUAGAAGACCUGAAAACAGAAAACCUGAAUGAAGCAGAGGAGAUGCAUCAUAAUUUCCUAACUGGAGAAAAAUCAUUGACUUCUUCACAGACUGUAGACAAUUCCUCACAAACUAGAACUGAAAGUUUUGUAUUCAGCCAUGUAUUUACCUGUCCUCAAUGUGGAAAAAGCUUCAAACAUAAAGGGAGUCUUAGGGAACACAUAAAAAUUCAUAUGGGAGUGAUGCUUUUCGCGUGCCACGAGUGCGGAAAGACUUUCGUUCAUAAAGGACGCUUAAAAGAUCACAGAAGAAGCCACACUGGGCCGAAACGUUUUAUAUGCAAACUCUGUGAGAAAAGUUUUACACGUAAAGAAAGCCUAAAUGAACACAUAAGAAUACACACUGGAGAAAAGCCUUACACAUGCAUUCAGUGUGGAAAGAGUUUUGCACACAAAGGAUACCUUAAGAAACACAUAAGAUUUCAUGCCGGAGAGAAGCCCUUCAAAUGUCCUCAGUGUGAAAAGAGUUUCACACAUAAGCAAAGCCUUGAGUGUCAUAUGAGAAUUCACGCUGGAGAAAAGCCCUUCACGUGCUAUCAUUGUGGGAAGGGUUUUGCCUAUAAAGGAAACCUUAAGAUCCACGAACGAAUUCACACAGAAGAAAAUCCUUAUACGUGUCCUCAGUGUGAAAAGAGUUUCACGCAUAAAGAAAAUCUUCUGGUUCACAUGAGAAUGCACACUGGCGAGAAGCCCUUCACGUGCCGUCAGUGUGGAAAGGGUUUUGCUCGUAAAGUCUGUUUUCAGGCUCACGCAAAAACUCACACUGGAGAGAAGCCUUUCACGUGCCAUCAUUGUCAAAAGAACUUCAGAGAUAAGGGAUACCUGAAGCGUCACAUGAGAAUUCACACCGGAGAGAAGCCUUUCACUUGCCCUCAGUGUGGAAAAAACUUCACGCAUAAAGGAAACCUUACUAUGCACAUCAGAAUUCACACUGGAGAGAAGCCUUCUUUAUGUCCCCAUUGUGGAAAAAGUUUCGCACGUGAAGCAUACCUCAAUGACCACAUGCGAAUUCACACUGGCGAGAAGCCGUUUACGUGCCCUCAGUGUGGAAAGAGUUUCGCACAUAAAGGAAACCUUAAAAAUCAUGUGAGAACUCACAGUAUGGAGAAAAGUGUGACAUGCCUUUCAAAUGACAGCGGUGCGGGAAGUGUUUCACAGGUCAAAGAAGUCUAAAAACUUGCAUGAAUCUUCAUUCUUGAGCGAAAUGGCCAUCAUGCCUGAAAGCUGUAACUUACCAAAACCUCUUUCGCACAGUCUAGCGCUGAUUCCAUUAACUCUUUCCCUACCAACUCGUUAAUUAAAAGAAAGCGCUUCUCUGACCGUGGGUUCACACCAGCCGCGUUUAAUGCGUCAAAAUCGCGUCUACCGCAUCUAGUUUGCCGCUUGAACAUUUUGAGUUUACUCGCUUCAUUCGCGUGUGAAAUUUUACUGUGGGUUUACACCAGACGUGAGUUCAAUGAUUUGUGCAAUAGAUUACAUUCAAAGUAAAUGGAAGGCUCGAUCAGACGCGUCCUCAUGUGGGGUGCCGCGAAAACACGCGCUAUUCGCCUCAAACGCGUCUUCGCCAAAGUUUAAAAUAUGAUACUCAAGCGAAAAAUUCGCAUAUAUCCCGCGAGUAAUCUAGAGCAAGUAACGUGAUGCCCCGCGUUUGGUGUGUAUUUAGCAUUAGUUAUCGAGACAUUUAGGCGUAAAUUCGCGUCAUUGGAGGGGCAUCUGCGACUCCGCUCACUUUCUGUAAUCACGUCACUGCUAGAGCAAGCCAAAGAUAAAAAUUUUCAACUCGCACGUUUGCCGUGGCAACGCUCAACUUGCGGCAUUCGCGUGAACUAGACGCGCAAAUGAGGCGGAAUCGCAUCUAACGCGCCGCACUAAGCGCCUCAAUCGCACCGCUAGCCCUCCAAACGCGCGUCAACGCAUUUUCACAUUAACUUAACAUUGAAAGCACUUGACGCAUCUACCGCGGCUGGCCGGAACGCAGCAUGACAAUGACGAGUUUUUCCGACAAUUUGUAUUUCCGCUACUAUCCACCAGAUGGUGCUCUUACCCAACUUAUGCAACCUGGAAGCAACCCCCUCACGUCAAACAGUUCAAACUCUGUGUAUGUUUUUUCUUCUAGGGGGUUUUUUAACCCGGGGAGGCAGCCUUCUUGGACUUAACUUAGCUUCCUCUUCUAGACGUUACAUUAGUAAUACGCUCGCUUAUAAUGUUGAGUCAUAGCCGCAGCAAAUUUAACUGCUUAUGCUAUCGUGUAUUGUGUUGUGCUAUCUGUCGUUUUUCUGUGCUUUUCACUGUUUCUAUUAAUGUAAAGCUGCUUUGAAACAAUUAACUAUUGUGAAAAGUGCUAUAUAAAUAAAAUUGAAUUGAAUUGAA